AUGCUCAAAUCAACCUACAAACCAUCUGCCGCGGCAGAAGCGGCAGCCCAACCCCUUCCCCCCGGGUGGACUGAGCACAAGGCCCCGACCGGCCACACCUACUACCACAAUGCCGCGACCGGCGAGUCGACCUACAAGCGGCCCGCCGCCCCCGGUGUCUUUCCCCUGCCGCAACCACAAGCCCCACAGAUGCGCCUCUCCGACCCGGCCGUCGCCAACGCAUUCAUGGCGCAGAUGCAGCCGCGCCCGGCGCACGACGGCGACUCGCGAGGAGGAAGGGGUGGGUUCCGGGGCAGAGGCGGCCGCGGUGGCGGCGCCGGCGGCGAGAGGAGACCACCGCCCCAGCCGAACGAUAAGCCGAAGAGCAAGGUGGCGAUCCCGGGGUGCGAGCCUUGGAUAUUGGUGUUUACCAAGUAUGGACGGCGCUUCGCGUACAAUCCCGAGAAGAACGCGAGCUACUGGAGGAUACCGGACAGGCUGAAGGCUGGGAUUUUGGAGCUGGACACGGCCCGUAUCAGAGAGAAGGCGGAGGCUGCCGCUGGCGGUGGGACAGGUCCUGCUGAAAAGAAGUCUACUGAUGGUGGUGAAGAGAGUGGUGAUGAUGCCGGGAAUGUGCCUGGUAAAGAUGCCCCUCCUGGAGAUGACGGCGAUGAAAGCGACGAGUAUGAAGAGCUGGAGGUCACAGACGACGAGGAUGGCGAGGACUUUGGUGAUUCAGACCAACCAUGGAAACGUCAACGGACAGAGGAGCCCUUGGAGUUUGGUGAAGACGAUAUUGCUUUUCAACUUCAGGCCAUGGGGCAGGAAUACGGCCUAGAGCCGGGCGAUUACGAUGAUGGGAACAUGGAGGACUGGCCCGAGGGUGCCGAGGGCGCAGAGCUUUCGGAAGAGGACGCGCGCGGGCUCUUCAAGGACAUGCUCAACGACUUCAACAUCAACCCUUAUAGCUCCUGGGAUAAGCUGAUUGAGGAGGGCAAGGUCUUUGACGAUCCCAGGUACACGGUGCUCACGACCAUGAAGGACCGCAAAGACACCUGGGAAGAAUGGUCCCGAGACCGCAUAAAGCUGCUAAAGGAGCAACGAGCCAAGGAGGAGAAGAAGGACCCGAGGAUACCUUACUUUGCAUUCCUGCACGAAAAGGCCAAUCCGAAAUUAUACUGGCCAGAAUUCAAGCGUAAAUACAAAAAGGAAGCUCCGAUGCGGGACGCAGGCAUCAGCGAUAAAGACCGUGAAAAGUGGUACAGAGAGCACAUCAACCGGCUCAAGAUGCCUCAAGCCACGCUCAAGGCCGACCUGACGGCCCUCUUGCGGGCACAACCGUUGUCGACGCUGAACCGACAGACCAACCCAUCCCACCUCCCGACGUCAGUCCUGACCGACAUUCGCUUCAUAUCUCUCGACGCCAAGACCAGAGACGAGCUCGUCGAGGGGUACAUCCAGACCCUGGCUCCACCGCCCGAAGACGGCGAGCACGACGGCGGCGCCGAGGACGAGGCGACCACCAAAGCCAAAGAGGCGCGGCAGAAGCGUGAAAAGGCGAUGCAAGAUCGCGAACGCGCACUUGCCGAGGAGAAAAGGCGGAAGGAGCGCGACCUUGCGCGGAGCAAGGCCGCCUUGAGGGAGCAGGAGAGGGAGUUAGAGAGGGCCAUGAAUGUGGACCGCAGGGGUCUGCAGAGUCAUCUGAUGGAUGUGGAUGAGCCUGCCAAGUGA